CCACGAACCGAGACUGUGCGGUGGUGAAAGAGGCAAAAAGCACAGGGACGGUAAAGAGGAUACGGAAGAACCUCAUUACAGAUGGGUGGCAUUUCGUUCGUGCUGGACAUGUACUUAUAACGUGGAGUUGGAUUCAACGCGACUUGUAGGGCCGGGAAUGUCGGCGUUCUUUCAUCAGCAAAAGGAAAGCCCGAGAUGCCGAUAGGACCUGUCGGUCUUGACGGCGACACUCGGGGUACGCCGCUUGUCUGCCGAAACGCGCGUCCGGGCCGGUGACGGGAAAGCUGGACAAGUUGCUCCGAGUCGUCCAGCAUGUGGAGGACACUCUUUCGACGACGAGCUGUUCUGCUGCGCCGUUCAGCAGAUGAUGCACCCUAUCCCCAGACGCAUUCUGUCCAGCAAGGCUUUGCACAACACCCCAUAUUUGUUCUCAACGUCGCCAAACGUUUCGUCAAGUUUUCGUUCAUCGGCUUAGCCUUGUUGGGGUCUACGACGGCUGUAGCCUUUGAAGCAACACAUGCAUGGGUUGAAAAUGUUGAACUAAAGAAGAAGGAGAAAGAGGACGCAGAAGUCAGUGCCUGGGAGUGGGAUGUGGAUGCGGAGAAGUGGAAUGGAGAUGAUCAAAAGGGAGGAACAGACCCUGGGUUGGGCAUACGAGGACGUCACUGUGUACGAGGAGCGUGGAUGGCAUUGAACUGGGGAGUCGGAGAAAGUACCGCUGUGAUUGGCUCCGAUGUCAGUGGCGACGGCUUGUUGGGCCCUCGAGGACUGGUGAUUAUUGACCCUCGGCUGGUACGAGCGGAAGACGGUCUUCGAACGGCGAUCGAGAUUGCGGAAGAGAGGAGCAGGGAACUACAAGCUUGGACACUGCCACGUCUCCGGUCACUCCAUGCAUCCGUUCUUGAACGAAUGGGCGCAAGUUCUUCGUUAGUGGCCAAGGUCGAAUACGAGCGUGCCUGGGAUUGUCAGCCAGAAUUCACAAACGAGUCUGCCCGUCUGGCUAUGAAACUCGGCGACCUCUGCUUCCGGCUGGGUGAAAACGAUUCUGCCAUGGCCUGGUGGGCAAAGGCCGUCGGUUCGGACCAACCUCUCCAUUCUCCGGCAAGCAUGCCGCCGUCUCCGAGUGCCCAGCGGACUCUUCUCUCCAUUCUAACAUCCUGUUCGGCCCUCUAUGCCCGGUCGGCCAAAUUCAAGGAAGGUCGAGCUCUGGACGAGGCCGCUUUCAACCUUGUUCGGUCCGUACGCCAUCCGGAAAAUAUGUCGUCCGUAUCACCGGCCCAUGCCCUCCAUGCCUUGACAUUGCUGCACCGCUCCUCCGUGUUUUGUAUUCACCGCGCCGAGGUUUCCCACGCCCUAAAGGAAAAACGACCGGUAUCUAUUCAAUGGCUGUCAACUGCAGCCCAGUCUUCGGAGAGAGUUGCCCGAGCGCUUGCCAUCAAUAGCUCUCCUUUUACAGACAUCCCCGUUCUCAAGCGGCCGGCGACUAGUCUUUUGCGCGAUGCCCGCCGUACUGCAACUGAAGCCUGGAAUCUUUUGGGUAUCCUACAUGAAGAUGUCAACAACCAGCAAGCUUUGCAGUGUUACAAGAACGCAGUCCAAUGGGCCAGCAAACUGGACACUUUCGGCGAGCCAGCAGAAGACACAUUGGCCGCAGAUUGGCACAUCGUUUGGGGAAAUUACACUCGUCUUUGUGCGAGACACUAGUCUUCCCGCUAUCGAGUGUGUUUCCCUAACCAAUGCCACGAUUACCGUCACGCUAUUCAAAACUGAUCAGCUGGACUCGAGAAAACAUACUAGAACAACCUACUCGUCCACUUUCUGUAAAAAAGGAGGGUUCAUAUCAGUAAUCAGUCUACCAACCUGUGUUAUUGUAGGUACUUACUCCGCCCCGAAAGAACAUUCCGUGCCUUGCUGCCUCC